AUGGCGGCGUCUUUGCGACACAUGCGUGGGACUAAGCAUAGGCUUUCGCGGUUAUGGAGAGGGUUAAGAGAUUGCAAUGCUGCAUGUUUUACUACCAGUGCAACAAGGAAUAAAGGCCUGGUUUUAGGUUUGUUUGAGCCUGAAGAAGAAAAUGACAAUGCCUCACCAUCUUUCACAAGGGCGACACAGAACUUUGAUGAUAAAACGAAACAGAAAGUCACACAUCACCUUCAGCUAUUGAAAAAAAACCUGAAGAAGGGUCAGACCAGAAUAUUUUAUGACCUUGACCCUGAAUACUCGAGUGUGGCUGUGACUUGUGUGGGGAAAAAGAGUGCAACAUAUGAUGAAGUGGAGGGAAUGGAUAUGGGACGGGACCAAAUCCGAGCUGCUGUUGCAUCAAGUGUUCGACAGCUGCAAGACAUCGGUGAAACAGAGGUGUCAGUGGACCCAUGUGGGGAUGCAGAAGCUGCUGCAGAGGGUGGCCAUCUUGCACUGUUUGUUUAUCAGGAACUAAAGGCUGAGAAAUCACAUCAGGCCCAUGUCAAUCUUGAAUGCUUUAAUGAUUAUAGCUCCAAUAGAGACAAAGUCAUCAAGCAAUGGAAAAGAGGUAAGAUUCUGGCUGAUGGCCAGAACUUUGCUCGACACCUAAUGGAGAUGCCAGCAAAUAAACUGACCCCAAGUCACUUUGUGGACCUUGUCAAUACAAGACUGACCAAUACAAACAGAUGUUCUGUAACUGUCAGAGACAGAAAGUGGAUUGAAUCACAAAAGAUGGGAUCAUUUCUGUCUGUGGCCAAAGGAUCAGUAGAAGAGCCAUUCCUCCUUGAGGUGGAUUACAAGGGAGACAAUCCCUCCAACCAGAAUCCACUGGCCUUGGUGGGGAAAGGAAUUACUUUUGACACUGGUGGUAUAUCUCUGAAGCCACCGGCAGACAUGGACAAAAUGAGAGCAGAUAUGGGUGGGGCAGCAUGUGUGUCUGGAACACUACUAGCUCUUGGUAACCUCAAUAUUCCUCUUCAUGUUAAAGCGUUUAUUCCACUCUGUGAGAAUAUGGUAGAUGGCCGCUCAACAAAACCUGGUGAUGUAGUAACAGCCAUGAAUGGUAAAACAAUACAAGUAGAUAAUACGGAUGCUGAAGGGAGACUUAUUCUAGCCGAUGCUUUGUGUUAUGCUGAAACUUUUAACCCGGAGCUGAUAUUGGACAUGGCAACCCUGACAGGUGCAAUAGAUGUUGCAUUAGGUGCUGGUGCGACAGGAGUAUACACAAACUCUCUCAGUAUGUGGGAGUAUCUGCAAAAGGCCGGAAGUUCGACAGGAGACAGAAUGUGGAGAAUGCCGUUGUUUAACCACUAUACAAAACAAGUGACCAAAUCAGAUCUAGCUGACAUUAACAACAUUGGGUCGGGAGGUCGAUCUGGAGGCUCUUGUACAGCGGCAGCCUUUCUAAGAGAAUUUGUCACUAACAAACAGUGGAUGCAUUUAGACAUUGCCGGUGUUAUGAUGAACAAGUCUGAUGUACCAUACCUUAGUAAAGGCAUGGCAGGUCGUCCUACGAGGACUGUUGUUGAAUUUCUACAGUUGCUGAGUCAGAGAUAAGAAGUGACAAAUCAUCACCAAGAUCUCAUCUUGUUAUCAUACACUGGUGUAUGUUCUGUAAACUUCUAUAUCAUUAUCAAUGUUACACUGUCUUAAGAUACAUGGUUUUUGUCAAAAGACUAAGCUGAGUCGUACACUGUCAUAAGAUACAUGGUUUUUGUCAAAAGACUGAGCAGCUGAUUCAUGAAAGAUUAAAGGUGUUUCUAUGUCAUAUUUAGUGUUCUAUAAUGGGAUGAUUUAUCCUAACUCUCAGUAUCUGUGUGAUCUGUUGCAUGUCAUAUUUAGUGUUUUAUAACGGGAUGAUUUAUCUCUCUUGGUAUCUGUGUGAUAUUUUAACAGCAGAUGUUUGAUAAGGAGACACCAUUUUGAUUUUUCCUUCUGUCAGAUGAUCAUGGUAACAGAUUUCAUUACCUACAUGUAGUAAUAGUACAAAUGUAAUAUUUGCUUAUAUGAAAAUACCAUGAUAGUCCAAGUUAGAAAUAAAACAAAAAAAAUGUAUUUUAUAUAAUCGAAAGACUUAAAUUAAGAGUCUUACAUAAAACUUAUUACUUUUAGUACCUGUAUAUACAAGUUAUACUGGAAGUUCCUGUUUAGCACCUCUACUUCCAUGGGGUCAUUGAUACAGCUACAACAUUUAACAAGCUGUACUACAGGAGUUAUACUAGAAGUUCCUGUUUAGCACCUCUACUUCCAUGGGGUCAUUGAUACAGCUACAACAUUUAACAAGCUGUACUACAGGAGUUAUACUGGAAGUUCC